GUGAAUGUGGUUCAACCACUUUAGUGACACUUCAGAAGGGAGGGGUGCGAAAAUAUUCUAUAAAACAGAGACAAUAAACGAAGGAUCAGUAUUAGAAAAUAAACAACUCGGUAGAAUAUCAUGGAUGUGUUCAAGUUUAAAAGUGUUGACCUGCAGUCAGCCAAAAACCAGCUCAACCACAAGACCAACGGUCUGAGCUCCAGCACUUUAGUCCUGAGGAGAGGACAGGCCUUCCAGAUUCUGGUGAGCUUCGAUGGACGGGCAUUUGAUCCACGCAAGGAUAAACUUGUCUUCCAAGUCGUCCUAGGUCCGCUGUCUUUUGAACUGCCUCUUUCUGGGACUGGACUGCCUCUUUCUGGGACUGGACUGCCAGGGUCUGGGUCUGGACUGCCUGUGUCUGGACUGCCUGCCUCUGGGUCUGGACUGCCUGUGUCUGGACUGCCUGUGUCUGGACUGCCUGCCUCUGGGUCUGAACUGCCUGCUUCUGGGUCUGGACUGCUUGUGUCUGGGUCCAGUGUCGCUGUAUCUGAGGUUGGUUUCCCUGUGUCUGAUUCCAGACAGCCUGCACCUGGUUCCGGACAACCUGUCUCUGGGACCGGACAACCAUCUACGACUCAAUGGAGUGCCACUUUGGAGCGGGGCACCAAUCCAAACUCACCUCGCACAAUAUCUGUCUCACUACUCAGCCCAGCGUCCGCAUCUGUGGGAGUUUACACCCUCAGCCUGAAAGUCCAGACCCGCACGAGUGUGAAGACACACUCUCUCGGUCUGUUCACUCUGCUCUGCAACCCCUGGUGUCAAGGUGAUUCUGUGUUUCUGAGCUCUGAGGAGCUGAGAGAUGAAUAUGUAAGGAGUGAUAUUGGAUUGCUCUUCAAAGGUACAUCGAGUAACUACGUCGCUAGACCGUGGUCCUAUGACCAGUAUGAAAGGGGGAUAUUAGACAUUUGUAUGAAACUGCUGGAGUUGAGUCCCCAGUGUCUAACCAACAAGAGAAAAGAUUUAUUGAACCGCAGCAAUCCGGUCUAUAUUGGCAGGGUGAUCUCAGCUAUGGUGAACUCUCAGGAUGAUAGAGGUUUGCUGAUGGGAAACUGGUCAGGUGAAUACAAUGGUGGCGUUAACCCAUCAACAUGGUCUGGGAGUGCAGAUAUCCUCAGGAAAUGGUCAGAAUUACAAUUCAGACCUGUUAAAUAUGGGCAGUGCUGGGUGUUUGCUGCUGUCAUGUGCACAGUAAUGAGGGCACUUGGCAUUCCAACUCGUGCGGUCACCAACUUUAGCUCCGCCCACGACACAAAUGGAAACAUGGUAAUAGAGGAAUAUUACUCAGAGUUGGGGAAAAAGCUAUCUCUUAGCAGAGACAGCAUCUGGAACUUUCAUGUGUGGGUAGAGUCAUGGAUGAAGAGGCCUGAUCUGGGUAAAGAGUACGAUGGUUGGCAGGUACUCGACCCCACACCCCAGGAGACCAGCGGAGGAAUGUACAGAUGUGGCCCUGCUGCUCUGAAGGCCAUUCUUGACAAGAGGGUUGAUGCACAAUACGAUGUACCGUUUGUCUAUGCUGAAGUAAAUGCUGAUGUGCAUACAAUGAUUGUUCGUGAUGGGGAGGUUUUGUCAACCAAGAUUGAUACUAAAAGAGUCGGAGACCUGAUCUGCACCAAGCAGCCAGGAUCAAUGAAAAUGUUAAACAUCACCACACAAUAUAAAAUCGAGAGAGUUCUAAAACAACCUGGAGUCGCUAUAAAUUCAAUCAGGGAAUCAUCAAGAGUCAUUCCUAAGGAUGUUGUUGUGUCUCUGAGUCUUCUGAAGACCCCUGUAGUUGGAGAAAACAUUAUUUUCAACGUCACUGUCACCAAUAAUGAGAGCACACACAAAGAGCUUAAAGCGCACGUCAACGCUCAGAACAAAGAGUACAACAGUAAUCCCACCACCACCUUCUGGGAGGCUCAUAAUGACCUGAAGCUCGCUCCUAAUGAAACUCAGACUUUCAAACACGAGAUUUUGUCCAGCGAUUAUGCAUCUAAAGAGGUGAGGGAGGAUUAUCUGGUUAACCUGGCUGUGGUUAUAGAGGACGUGGAGACUCAGAAGAGAACGCUGGCUUCUCAAGAGUUUAAUAUUAUCAGUCCUACUCUCACUAUACAGAUCGCCAACGAGAACGCUGUCGUAGUUAAUACGCAGCAAGUUGCCACGGUGACCUUCACGAGCACCUUCGCCAUUCCAGUGAAUGGAGAGCUUACGGUUAUGGGUUCAGGGCUCUUGGAAGAAAAGGUUAAAAUCAGUCUCACACUGAAGCCUGGAGAGACCAUGAAAAGACCUGUGCAGUUCACUCCUAGGAUGUCAGGUUCCAAGAUGCUCCAGGCUAGUUUAGUGUUGACAAACCUGGCCAGUGUCCUCCAUGGGUUCAAGACUAUCAAUGUUAAACAAGCUUGAAGAGGGUGAAAGGUUAAUAGAUUUAUGGGGAAACUGUGUAUGAACUCAACUCAGCACAUUUAUAAUCAUUGAUUUGCAGUGUUUCUUAUAUUAUGUUUAUUUAGAACAAACCAGUAUUUUUCCUUAUUUGUAAGUUAAAACAUCUGCUUAAUAAAUAAAUGUAAAUGUGAAAGAAAUCCUUAUAUAAAGUAAUAAUCUAACUAUGGAAA